GCGGAGUUCAGGAGUCUGAUUUCUGCUGGUUUCGAGACCCCGUUUCGUUGCGUGUGUUCACCAUUCAUCCAGCUGGGCUGGCGAAGUUUAGUCGAGUGAUACAUCUUUCACGAGAGAUGGAUGGGGCAGGGACAGGGGCAGGACCAGGGGCAGGACCGGGGUCACGACCAAGCCCACAAGCCAGCCCAUGGACGUCGAGUUCUGGCUCUGGUCCAGGUUCCGCUCCUGCCCCUCGGGUUUCCCCAGGCUCGGCAGGUUCUGCAAGCCCUACAGGUAGGACAGACACAGGUCAAGCCGUCCCGCCGUGGGCGUUGGGUGCCUCUGCAGGUCCAAGCAUGCGCGGUGCAACAAGUGUUCCAGGUCCCAGCCCCCGUGGCUCAACUGGUGUGCCAGGUCCCAGCCCAUGGGGAACAGCUUCUGCUCCUGGUCCAGGCUCACAAGGCAACAAUGCUGUUCCAGGUCCAAGUCCUCGACGAGGUAAUGCAGCUCUGCCCCCGAGUCCACGGACAGGUACCGCAGUUCCAAGCACAAGCCCACCGCUGCGGACUGCAGGUCCAGCUUCAAGUGUGAGAGCGAACCCAUGGCCAGCUCCGGUUACAGCGGGUGCGCCGGUGACCACAGGCGGGGGAGGGCAGGAGGGAAAAAGACUGGGAGUAGAGGAUCAGAAUGAGGCAUCUGGUAACAGGCAAAUGUCAGGGAGAGGGGUGGGCGGAUGGGAAUCAGGAGGGGGAGGGGGAGGGGGAGGGGGAGGGGGAGGGAGAGCUGGAGGGGUAAGUGUAGAGGGAGUCAGUGCUCGAGGAGGUGUAGGGGGAGGCAGUGCUGGAGGGGCAGGUGUGGGGGGAGGCACAGGGGGUGUAUCGGCGGCAGUCCCCAUGGCAAAUGAAAGGCGGGCGAGGGGAGGACCAGGUUUGGCAGGUGGUCUGGUGCAGGGAGCUGGGUUUCUCCGUUUUUCUGCCUUGGGGCGCCAGCUGGCUCGUAGAACAGUUCCCAGGAGGUUCUUGUCGCUCAUUCAUGUCAUGCCACGACAUCGCUAUAGAUGGAGACCUUCAGAUGUGACAACCAUCGCUCGCACUUUCCGCCAUGGCCGGUAUGGCACUGCACUUGUCUAUGGGCAAUGGCAUGGAAGUGGCGAAGGCCUGAACAGUGGGUCUGGUGGGAAGUUGUUUUGGACCGGGUCAAUAUCUCCAGUCACUGUUAGCAUCGUUAGAACCACAUGGAGCAGGGUCAAACAGCUUGUUGACCACGAGGAGAUGACAUGCGCCUUAUACCGCCAUCUUUUCACACUGAGACCCGAUCUAGAAAGGCUUUUCAAAAGGCCCCAUUUCCUCCAGCAGGGCAUGUUUUCCAAGAUGGUAGAUCGGCUCAUUGCAUCCCUGGAUUCUACUGACAACAUGAACGUUGAUCUGCAGGAGCUGGGGCUGCGGCAUUUGCAGUACAAUGUGCAACCAGAGCAGUUCUUGGCUGUCAAGCAGGCAUUGAUCAUUACUCUGGCGGAGGUACUGCAGCAGGAAUGGACUCACGAGGUGGCUGAUGCGUGGCAGCAGGUGUGGAAUGAGAUCAGUGAGGUCAUGAAGGCUUACAUGUCUGUGGAUCCUCUGGUGCACGCCAUAGCCAAGAAUUCCAUGGACUUGGUUGGCAAGGAACUGGAGAGGACACCUAGGUGCAGGCGUGUGUCCAGAAUUGUCUCACCGCUGCCACACCCUCCCUGCUACAUAUCGCCCCUCCUGCAUGCCAUACUAGAUCGGAGGGUUGGGAUAACACGCCUCCUGAUCAAGGAUAUCCUGGCCAUCCGUGCAGACUCGUCGGGAUACUACUACGGCAUGAGGGAGUUGUUCCUCUGUGAGCCAGACAUCAUCGCCUUGCUGGUGGAGCACGUGCCCGUCGCCAUCUUGGAUGUCUUGGACGGUUGCCGUUGGGAAAGCAACCAUGUUGAGGGAUUGAUCCGCCGGCGACGUCGGGUUAAUUACUACAUAGAAGGCCUAUAUGGGCAACCAGACUUGCCCGCAGUCCUGUCUCCCUUGGCCAGUAUGCUGCAGCUCAAGUCCAACGCGGCCUUCUCCCACCCCACCAUGAGAGUCCUGGUGUUCCAGAAGUGGAAGCACUUCGGGAGGAAGAUGUUCGCCUUAGAACAGGGUCUUUUGGUCCUCAAAGUUGCCGCAUUUUUGCCGGCGUACAUCUUCUAUCCGCGGAAAAAGGCUGUGGUAGCCCUGAGGUGCAUUCUUUGGAACUGGUCGGUGUGGGAUCUGGUUUCAGACCCAACAAAGCUAGGGUUUUUCAAAAUCAACAUGUUCGAGGAUGCCUGGCCUCCAGACACUCGCCAACAACUGCUGGCCAUAGCCAAGUUGGCCCUGGAGGCGGUAUGGGACACGGUGCUGCCCAAUGGAUUAACUAUAGCUCUGAUUCCAUUUGAAGUGAACUGGAACAAGAGAGGUGCCACACCAGAGCGCAUCAUCAGCUCCAUCACAAUCCUCCUGCACUGGACUCGUCUCCUCCGACUCUUCCUCCUCUCCACAGAGCUGCAUGCCUUCACCUUCACCAUCUUCCAAAUGUUGUUCCGCCUCAUCAAGUUCUUUGCCUUCUUUGUCUUGAUUUGGUUUGGCUUCUCCAUUGCCUUCUACAACCUGCUUAAGGACGAGCCUGAAUUCUCCUCCCUCCCAGUAUCCGCUGCCACUCUCUUCGCCAAUCUCUUCAGCUUGGAGGGCUACCCGUACAUUGUCAAGGCUCAAAGUGGACGGGCUGUUAAUGUCACAGUUGUUUGCUUAUGGUUUAUCUACCUUGCCCUCUGCCACCUCAUCUUGCUCAGUCUUCUCAUUGGUCAGAUGACGGCAUCCUACAAGGCUGUCAGCCAGGAGUCGUAUGCUUUGAGUACACGGAAAUUGGCUGCUGACAUGGUGAUCCUUGAGUCUGGAAUGAAUGAAGACGAGAAGAGGAAGAUCUGGGAAAACCUCAAGUUUGAUGCUCCACUGGAAUUUGAUGUCCAAGAUUUUGGCCCCGCUGGGGGAAUUCAGGUGCUGGAGGAGGACGGUGAACACCCUCCUCCUCUUCAUCCAAGGCCCACUGCUGUAGAGGUAGAGGAUCGGGACCGUGAUCGCAUCAUGCGCUAUGGGGGAAGUCCACAUCCUGACCUCCCUUGGCCCACGGAUGACCAAGAUGAAGCUCUGUUCAAGAGGAUGAGGAGGAAGGUCACGUCACCACCUUCGCCAGGUGGAGAUGCAGCUGCCAGAGAGUCAGGAGGAUCGCUCAGUCACUAUCCCACCCAGUUCUCUCACCCUACUGCUGUAACUGCUCCUGUUACUCCUGGUCGGCGUGCCCCUGCGGAACUGCAGCUUCCUACUCCAAGGCAGCGCAAUUCAUCUCUGCUUGGUAAAGUGUUUUCUCGGCGACCUCAUUCAGGUGAGACUGUGAUGACCAAGGCCACAACGGCCAACAGCGAAAAGAACGAGUAUGAGGCAGGUGCAUCAAGUAUGGAGGACGACAUGUGGUCUCUGAGCUCUCCCGUGGAGCUCCUGCCAUCUGCUCUCUUAGGAGCAACACGCGGAACCCCUCUAGACCCUGUGAAACGGAAAUGGCUCAGACUGUUGCGCUCGUGGGUGGAAUCCCAAGGCCAGUCACAACAACAUCCAGCAACCCUGGAAGGCUCAGCGAAUCCGUCAGCCUCCCCACCGGCUGUAUCACAAGCAGAACCAGCAGCCACCGUACCAGCAGUCCCACCAGUAGUAUCACCACCAGUUCCCGCAGUGGUCACUUCCGGAGUCCCAGCGGCAUCAGGUGCACCGGGGGGCAUCAGCUCACAGGGAGUAGGGACGGCAGCAGCAGCAGCAGCAGCAGCAGCGACAACAUCAAGACCACGACCGAGACCUAUGCUGUCACCCAUCAAACCACCUUCCACUUUGCAGCCUUCUGUACCCGUCAUGAUCUCUCAGUCUCAACUUGCACGCCACAACACAUCAUCCGAUGCUUGGAUUGCCAUCAGGGGCCGUGUGUAUGACAUCACAACCUUCAUCCCGGAACAUCCAGGGGGCAAGAUCAUUCUCUCAAGCCUUGGAAUGGAUGCCACCCAGCCCUUUGAAGCCGUUGGCCACAGCCCAUUCGCUGAGUCUAUUCUCGAAGAUUACUUGAUUGGAGAGCUUGUAGUAGAAAGGAGGGAUAUGUAGCAUAGGAUCUGAGUGCUUCGCCGUGGAGCGCAUCGCCUCCCUCUUCGGAGGUAGCCCUCCCAGUCGUGUCAUGCAGGAGUGUGAGCAUGACAUUGCUGGGUGCUUUCCGAC